AUGUCAAUAGAAGACGAAUUUGAAUUUUCUUAUAGUCAAAAUGAAGAGGAAAUAGAGGGAAUCGAGAAAGCUCAAAUCGGCAAGAUGAACGGGAAGAAUAAUCCGGCGAGAGCGUACAUCGCCUACCACAAGCUGGGCGCAGGCAUGGAGGCCCAAACACCGACGCCACAGCCCGAGUGCGAUUGUGGCGUACACCCCUCGGUGUUCUACCUGCUCGCGACCCUACUGCUUACGAGUUGUUCGACGGCGAUGCUCUGCGCGGCCAUGAUGACCGACCACUGGGAGCACGUGACGUGGGAGCGCGCCGCCCUCGCCGCCCUCGCCAACGCCUCGGACACCGCGCUGCACUGGCUGCUCGACGGCAAGGUGGCCAAGAUAGAAGAAGCGAACAAUCGGAAAGGCGGAGACACCUUUUUAGUACCAAUGAACGGGGGCAUCUGGACUAUGUGCGUGUCUUUGGAAGAGGAAGAAGUUACAAUAUUAUCAAGGGCGGGUUUCCCUACGGAGCCUUUAUGCACAAAUUAUUUAGCAAAUAGUGAAGACGAGGAAGCUCGAGCAGAUUGGCAACAUCGUUUCCUGAUCGACUUCAUCAGUGGGCCGGUGUCGGUGGGUUUCACGUCAGCAGCCGCCAUCAUAAUUGCCACCACCCAAGUCAAGGACAUCCUAGGCCUCAGCUUUCCCGGGGGGAAGUUCCUACAGGUGUGGACCGGCCUUUACGAGCAUAUUGGCGAGACGAGGCUGUGGGAUACGGUGCUUGGAAUCUCCUGCAUCGUGGUGCUGCUUCUCUUGAGGAAAGUGAAGGACAUUAAAGUGGGUCCAGCGGAGGGGCCCGAUGGGCAGGACCCGGAGCCGAGACCUGACGGCAGCAGACUCAGGGUGGCCCUCGCCCAAUCUCUCUGGUUCCUCUCCACCACCAGGAACAUCCUGGUGGUGCUGGUGUGCGCCGCGCUAGCGUACUACUUCGACACCAAGAAGCAGACUCCAUUCGUGCUAACGGGCGAGGUUAAGCCCGGUCUCCCACAGUUAUCACCGCCACCAUUCUCGGCAACGGUUGGCAACCACACGUACACCUUCAUGGAGAUGGCUUCCACCCUCGGAUCCGCCAUAUUUGUUGUGCCACUGCUCUCCAUUCUCGAAAAUAUCGCUCUGGCCAAAGUCUUCUCGGAGGGAAAGUACGUGGACGCGACGCAGGAGAUGCUCGCGCUGGGCGUUUGCAACAUAGCGUCCGCGCUGGUCGAGUCGAUGCCGGUUUCGGGCGCCCUCUCGCGGGGCGCGGUCAACCACGCCUCUGGGGUCGCGACACCCGCUGGAGGACUCUACACCGGCGCGCUGGUGCUGCUUGCACUACAGUACUUCACGCCGUACUUUUUCUACAUCCCGAAAGCGUCGCUCGCGGCGGUGAUUAUAGCGGCAGUUGUGUUCAUGAUGGAACUGCACGUCUUCAAGCCCAUAUGGAGGACUAAGAAGCUGGAUAUAAUUCCGGCGGUGGUGACCUUCGCGGCGUGCCUCCUAACGCGGCUGGAGUUGGGCAUCGUCAUAGGCAUUGCCGUCAACCUUCUAUUCCUAUUGUAUGCAUCUGCGAGGCCCUCAGUACGCGUCACCAGCGCUGUUUCAAGCGACGGGGUGCCGCACGUUGUGGCGACUGUGGACCGCGCGCUCGCCUUCCCGUCGGCGGAGUUCGUGAGGCGGGCAGUGCGCAAGGCGGCCGAAAGGGACGCGAGGGCGCCACUAGUGCUGGACGCGUCGCACGUGCAGGCCGCCGACUUCACCGCCGCCAAGGGCAUAAAGUCCCUGAUCGAGGACUUCCACGCGCGCGGCCAGACGAUCAUCUUCUACAACGUGAAGCCCUCCAUCGCUGAGGUGUUCCGUGGUGUACGGCCUCGCGAGUUUCUGCACUGCUCCUGCCGCGCCGAGCUGGACAGGCUGCUAUUAGAAGCGCAGCGAAGGGCCAAGCAGCCGCUGCCCUGC